UAGAGCUUUAGUCAAGCUAAUAUGUGAUAUGGAUCUGCAUCAUUUUCCACACGAUGUACAAACAUGCGGUAUGCAAAUGGCUUCAGCAAGCUUUGCGAGCAGAAAUGUUGUUUUGAAAUGGACUCUCGACAAUUACACUACAGAUGACUUCUACAGCCUACAACAAUAUGAAGUAACUGAUGCGAAGCAAAGUGAGUGUGUGGCAUAUGUAGGACCGAAUAACGCAUCCUGCUUAGAAGGGAGUGUUGUACUUAGAAGAAGGAAUGGCUUUUAUCUCAUCAAUGUUUACAUCCCUACAAUACUGAUUGUUAUCAUGUCCAUGCUGACGUUUUGGAUACCCCCAGAAGCUGUCCCAGCACGGGUGACACUAGGAGUCACAAGUCUCCUUACUAUCAUUACUAAGCAAUACCAGGCUUCCAUGCCAAAUGUGUCAUACAUUGUUGCAUUGAACGUUUGGUUAUCUUCUUGCAUCGGGUUCGUUUUUUUAAGUCUCCUAGAAUUCGCAACUGUUAUUGCUCUAAUGGCAAGAUCGAAGAAUUCAAGUAGUCUUGCAAAUGAAGACGAAUCAGAGUUGAUUUUAGGAAUGAUUCUCUUGAAAGCCAAUGGGACAUGGUCAACAGCAAAACCCAUGUCUAAUUUAGUUACAAAGAAAAAAUCCUGCUUAAAACCACUGCAACUUGAUUACUUUUCAAGAGUACUGUUUCCUUUGCUCUUUAUUAUCUUUAGCAUUGCAUACUGGAAAUAUUAUGGAAUUAAAUAAAGAAAAGUUGCAUUUCC